UGUGUAUAUACAUACAUGUAUAUGUAACUGUCAAUUGCAUGUGAUCACCAGCGUGAUUAAAAUGUAGAAUUUAAUGUUACACAACCGCUAACAUCACAGCGAUCACAUGGAGAUGAGUUCAAUACACUUCAAUAUAUGUGAGCUUUGAUAUAAUUCAUUCUUUUUAUUUCCUGAAACUGUGAUUGGAACAAGGAAGUUAAAACUAGCUGGAAUAGAUUAGAUAUCGAAGGACAGAAAUAAGUUAAAACUAUGGCACUGGGAAGCCAAUUUUUCCUCCUAUUAUGGAAGAAUUGGACACUACAGAAAAGGAAAAUAUGUAUCACACUGUUUGAAGUAUUAUUACCACUGUUUUUUGGACUAAUCUUGGUACUGAUUCGCUUUCUUGUGAAGACAAAAGAUUAUCCAGAUAAUACCAUAUGGCAGAGUCCCAACUUUACAAAUGCUGAUUCGAACUAUAAAAAUCAGAUUUUAUUUGCUCCAAAUGAGACGCUUAUUGAAAAUAUCAUGAUAGAUGUCAAAAAUUCAAUAAAUGAGAAAUAUUCACGCAACAAAAAAAAUAUUCAAGGGUUUAAGACACAACAAGAUUUAUUAGAAUACCACAAUCUUUAUUCUGACGAGGUAUGGGGAGCUGUAGUAUUUGAUGAUAGCGAAUCGUACGAGACAAGUCUUCCAGCUAAUAUCGUAUAUGAUUUGCGUGUUACCCGUGCAAAUAAAAUGGAUAGAUGGACUACAGAUUUUACAUACAACUUCAUUCAAACGACAAGCCCUAGGAAUCUUAAAGCUGAUGGUGGUGUACCAAACUAUAAGAAAACUGGCUUUUUGUGGCUUCAAUACGAGGUGGAUAAAGCUAUCAUUACGCAAAAGUCCGGAAAGAAGAAUUUCUUUGAUGAUAUUGAGAUCAAGAUAAAGAAGAUGCCCUAUCCUCCAUACCUUCAAGAUCCUCUCCUGGGUGCCAUUCAACAAAACUUGCCUCUGUUUUUGAUGUUAGGGUUUAUUCUUUAUGUGAUACAAACGACGAAAAACAUAGUUUAUGAAAAAGAAAGAAAAUUAAAGGAGUCUAUGAAGAUGAUGGGAUUGAGUCCCGUGGUAUACUGGAUGUCAUGGUUUGCUAUCUCGCUGAUUUACCUUGUUAUAGCUUGUUUUAUAUUUACGUUAUUGCUGUCAGUCAAAGUAGGAGUUCAUGGAAGUGUUUUGGGAAAAUCUGAUCCAACGUUGACCUUUGUCUUUUUUCUUUGCUACGCUAUGUCUGUUAUUGCUUUAUCAUUUAUGAUAAGCACAUUCUUUAAAAAGGCCAACACGGGUGCCUUUGCCGGCGGAAUGAUACACUUCUUAACAUAUUUUCCAUAUUUUUUCCUGGGCGAUGACAAUCGAUACGCGUCUAUGACAUUGACACAAAAGAUUUUGGCUUGUGUCUUCAGUAAUAAUGCCAUGGCAUUUGGAGUCAAAACAAUAGCAUCUUACGAGGGGACAGGUGAGGGCGCUCAGUGGAACAACUUUUACAAACAGCCAACCGUUGAUAGCAAUUUUACAUUACUGACAUCUAUUAUUAUGAUACUGUGCGACACAGUUGCUUAUCUUUUGAUCACGUGGUAUGUAGAUGCAGUAAUGCCCGGUGAAUAUGGAGUACCAGAGCCUCUAUAUUUCCCAUUUACCAAAAAAUACUGGUUUGGAUCAAGUCAGGUCAGCAAGUUUGAUAGACAAGUAUCCAUUGUAGCACAAGAUUCAACAUACUUUGAAAGAGAUCCAACAGACUUGAGACCUGGAAUAUCAAUUCAACACUUACGAAAGGUGUUUGGGUCUGCGAAGGCGAGGAAAGUUGCAGUCCGAGAUACAACGGUUAAUAUGUAUGAAGGACAGAUAACUGCACUGUUAGGUCAUAAUGGUGCUGGAAAAACGACCACGAUGUCAAUGUUAACUGGCUUCAUUCCUCCAACCAGUGGAACAGCCCAAGUGAACGGAUACGAUAUAACACAAGAUAUCACGAGUGUCAGAAGUAGUCUUGGCCUGUGUCCACAACACAAUAUAUUGUUUGACACCAUGACAGUGGAAGAACAUUUGAAUUUUUUUGCACGUCUGAAAGGAUGCCCGUCAGAGAAUGUAAAAAAAGAAGUAGAUGAAAUGAUAGACGUUCUUGGAUUAGAAAUGAAACGACAUAAAUUUUCAAGCACACUAUCUGGUGGGCAGAAAAGGAAACUUUCGGUUGGAAUUGCACUUAUUGCAGGAUCAAAGGUAGUGAUUCUUGAUGAACCAACAUCAGGUAUGGAUCCGGGUGCCCGUAGACAAACAUGGGAUAUUCUACAGAAGUUCAAAGAAGGUAGAACUUUGAUAUUAUCUACACAUUUCAUGGAUGAAGCAGACCUUCUCGGUGACAGAAUUGCCAUCAUGGCAGAAGGUGUGGUCAAAUGUUGUGGAACAUCUUAUUUCCUGAAGAAAACAUAUGGAGCUGGAUAUCACUUGAUAAUGGUUAAAGAUAAAACUUGUCAAACGGCCAAAGUAACUGAAUUGGUCAAAUUCCAUGUAGCCACGGCGUCAUUAGAGAGUGAAAUUAGUGCAGAACUUUCUUACCUGUUACCGUUUGAUGAAUCAGACCAUUUUGAAAAAUUGCUACUUGAAAUUGAAUCUAAAAGUAGUGAUCUCGGAAUUGAUAGCUUCGGAACAACUGCAACCACAAUGGAAGAAGUAUUCCUUAAAGUGGGCGAACCAGAUAACGUAGAAGAAGAGAGUGAAAAUGUGGUUCAAGGCAUAAGCAAUCCUAACUACGCUGAGAACCACCAUGACAAGAAACCAUUAUUGAAUGGUCAUUCAAAUGGUAAAAUUGCAAACGGCUAUGGCACUUUAAGCAAUGGCGUAGCUUUGAACGAAACUGCUGGUGGAAAUUUUAUUGCUUUUAACAAAAAUAUAAAGAAAAACACUGGUAAGGACUUGAUACUGCAACAGUUCUACGGGAUGUUCAUGAAAAAAGUUAUCCAUACUCUACGGAACCAGCUAGUAGCAGGUGUUCAACUCAUUGUUCCAGUCGUUUUUACAAUUAUGGCCUUAUCGAUUGAGCUGACAAUUCCAAAACAAACAGACGAACCACCUCUAACUUUGAAUCUGCAACCUUUUGGAAACGGAUUGACCGAAAUGUACACAACUGGGAAAACUCCAAGUAAUCUGACGCUAGGUGUAGCUUCCAGAUAUGAGUAUACACUGGUUAAUCGCAAUGACAUUCCUCUGCGUGUGACUACUGCUCCAUUUGAUAUUGCUGUUGUAAAUCAGUCGAAAGCCAUUGGAAUUGCUACUUUCAAUAAAAGGUAUAUUAUUGGAUUAGAAAUGGAGCAAGGUAUGAAAGAUAACGAGCCAGUUACAGAGAUAAUAUCAUACUUUAAUGGACAACCAUUCCAUUCACCGGCUAUUUCAUUGGCAUAUACCAUGAACGCUAUUUUGAAACAUGCUAUUCAAGACAAUAGCCAUUCAAUAACUACUAUCAACUUUCCUUUGCCGCAGUCAUUAUCAGACAAUUCAAGGAGUCUUUUUUUUUCAACCUUAGGAACAGGUUUUGUCGUUGCAUUCUGUGUGAUAUUUGGAAUGGCGUUUCUGAUCGCUAGUUUUGCGCUGUUCUUGAUAAAAGAAAGAGCAACCGGAGCCAAGCAUUUACAGAGAGUAAGUGGAGUAGGAACAGGAGCCUUUUGGUUUUCUAACUUUUUAUGGGACAUGAUUAAUUACUUGAUUCCAGUGCUUCUCAUCAUCGUUGUGUUUGCCGCUUUUAAUACUGACGCUUUUGUGGAGGAUAAUCGACUUGGUAUUCUGUUUGGCCUUUUCUUCCUGUUUGGAUGGGGUUCAUUGCCAUUUGUGUACAUCAUACAGUUUGUCUUCAAAACUCCACCUGCCGGGCUGGUAGCUGUAAGCAUGCUUAAUAUACUAUCAGGUUUGGCAACUUUAAUGGCAGUUUUUGUUUUGAAGAUACCCGACUUAGGUACAGAAGAUGUAGCCACAGCACUUGACUGGAUAUUUUCAGUUAUAUUUCCAACAUACUGUAUGGGAAGUGGCAUAAUGAACGUAUACACAAAUUAUGGGUACACGGAGGGAUGCUUAGCAACUGGUUAUCCAUUUGUAUGCGCUAUUGAGCCCACAAGUCCUUGCUGUCCAGGAUGUACAGAAACUUGUUUUAAAUUUCAAGACAACUAUUUAGCAUGGGAAUUUCCCGGAAGUGGAAAAUAUUUUUGUUUUAUGGCAAUACAAGGAGCUUUAUUUUUUAUAAUUCUGUUUUUGUUUGAAACUGGUGUUCUUCAAAAACAAUGUGCCUCAUUGUCUGAUAAGACCUCAGAUGUAGGACAGUAUACUGGUCUGGAGGAAGCAGAGGCAAAUGUAGGAGGUAUUCCUGAAGAUGAUGACGUCAGAGCUGAAAGGGAUCGCAUAAAUACAACAGAAAUUCGAUCACUUGUUGCGUCUGAUUCAAUUGUCAUUAAAAAUCUAAAGAAAAAAUACGACUCGUUUUUGGCAGUAGAUGAAAUUUGUGUAAGCGUAGCUAAGCAAGAAUGUUUUGGAUUACUCGGCCAAAAUGGUGCUGGAAAAACAUCAACAUUUAAAAUGUUGACUGGUGAUGUUAUCCCAUCGUCUGGAAACGCCUGGAUGAACGGACACGAUAUACAGCAUGAAAUGAAAACGGUUCACAAGCAAUUAGGAUACUGUCCACAGUUCGAUGCUUUGAUAGACCAGAUGACAGGAAAAGAGAUUUUAGUCAUGUUUGCUCGUCUCCGUGGUGUGUGUGAAAGUCAAAUCAAAAGCAUUGUUGAUGAUCUUAUAGAUAUUAUGAUGCUUAGACAAUAUGCAGAGAGGCAAUGUGGUACAUACAGUGGUGGUAAUAAAAGAAAGUUAAGCACAGCCAUAGCUCUUAUUGGUGAUCCGCAGUUUAUAUUUCUUGACGAACCAACAACAGGAAUGGACCCUGGUGCCAGACGACAAUUAUGGAAUGUUUUGUCACAAGUCAGAGCGAGUGGUAGAACAUUAGUCCUUACUUCACAUAGUAUGGAAGAAUGUGACGCCCUCUGUACCAAGAUGGUUAUUAUGGUAAAUGGGAGAUUCGUCUGCUGCGGAAGUUCACAACAUUUAAAGAGCAGAUUUGGACAGGGAUAUACUCUUAUAUGUAAUAUGGGAACAUCAGAAAAUGGAACACAAGACUCAUCAAUUCCUCUGACACAAUUUUUAUGUGAAAAAUUUCCAAGUACUCAAGUAUUUGAUGCACAUCAAGGUUAUUGUCAUUUCCAAAUAAUUGACAAAAAUCUUUCUUUAGGUUUGUUAUUCGGUGCAAUGGAAAAGGCAAAGAAACAAUUUAAUGUUGAAGAUUAUCAUAUUCAUCAGGCAACACUAGAACAAGUGUUUCUAGCUUUUACAAGAAAUCAGAGUUCACCAAAAGAAGAAGAAAAACAUGGAAUCUGUAAACAGAUGUGUUGUUGUUUUCUAUGUUGUUCUUAGCUUUUGUGGCUUUUAUUUGCAUGUUAAUGUUGUUACUAAAAGUAUUGACAUUAUUUUAUUAACAACAUCAUAUUAAAAUAAUAACAUCCAAAGAAAGACAAACAAUGUUAUUAAUAGUAUUUUUAGGCUAAUGCUGUUUAAACGGAAACAAAUGCAAAACACGUUUUGAAUUGAGUUCAAAGAGAGUGUGAAAAAUUUAACGUGGGACCAAAUGAAUAUAAUUCAAGAAAAUACGUUCUGUUCAUAACAAAUACGUUUUUCGAAAUUACGUAGUAUGUGUUCUUACACCCCAAAGGAAGAUGUAUAUUUCUAAAUGAGUCUCAUAUUUUAGUGUGUUUAAGGAGGCGCUAUGCAAAUGUAUGAUACUAGUUUCCAUUUAACGACAAAUACAUUUUAUCAUACUACGAAAUAUUUACUCAAUUCACCAUUACAACUAAUUUAACAUGAUCACUAUUUUUGAAUACGAAUAUUUUUCUAUUGAAAUCCAAUGUUAUAAAAUAUAGCAAAUCAUUUUUGAAUCUUCUAGUCAUAUUUUUUACUGGUUAUUCUUUGGAAGAUGAUAUAUUAGAGUAAUGAAUUAACAUCAGCAGAGUGCUGUUACUAACUGUGGGUUUUCUUUAAUACGCAUGUCUGACUUGUAGUUAAACAUCUGUGUUGUCGUUUGUGAAACUAGUAUUAUUUAGUGAUGUUAUUGAAUAAAGUACUUUUUUAAGUUA